AUGACAACCAUUCAUUGGAACCGUUCCUCGGGACGCGGUGCACUCAGAAGCCGAUCCACAGCAGUGAUGGACAUAGCCAGUCUCUCAUCCUUUCUUGCAUCUAGCGACAGCGAGUACGACCGUGCCUCACCUCGUCCAUCUACCGCUGCCAUCACCAAUGGCGCUAACAUAGCCUCAACCUUCGUUGAGAAGACGAAAAGUUCCAUGGAGGAUGGCGAACGUCUUGCUCUACAGCUUGUAGAGGCUCAAAAACUCACUCCAGAACAAGUGUUAGAAAUAAGGCGGAGCUUCAAUUACUUCGACAAGAAUGGCGAUGGGUCCAUAUCCCUUGAGGAAUUGACUGCUGCGUUUGGUACCAUCGGGCAUGCUCACGAUCACACACUUAUAGGAAACUUGUUUAAAGAAGCCGACGUAAACGGCGAUGGCACGAUUGACUACAAGGAAUUCGUCUCUCUCAUGGCUAUGUCCUUCCAAAGCCAGAACCAGGCGGGCAAUAGCUCCUCCUCCCGCAACGACAUGUACAGGGAAGCCUUCACUAGGUUUGAUGUAAACAACGAUGGAGUGAUAGAUUCAAACGACCUCAAGGAGUUGAUGAUGAACAUUGGAAAGCAGUUGAAUGACAAGGAGAUCUCCGAGAUGAUUCUGGAGGCCGAUAAAAAUGGGGAUGGUGUCGUGGACUAUGACGGUAAGCUUUCCUUUACUUUGCAGCCUCACCUUCUUCUUCACUUGAGGAGGUUGCUCCCAUGCCCCCUAAUUUGGCUUCAAAUCCUCUUCAAGGAACCAUCAAAGGAACGUCUAGGCUAA